AUGGGUUCUGAACAUUUAAGUCAUUUAUUUGCUGCCAAAGAUCCAGCAUAUAAAGACAGCUCUUUUUUAUCAAAAUUUCAUGCAAAUGAAACGCAUCCAGUAUCAGCUGAUCAUUCUAAAAAGGCUCGGUCAUCAUUAUCAUCGAUAAAAAAAUUGAAAUUAAAACAUCGUUCUGAAGAUAAAAAAUUAAUUAAACUUUAUAGUCGACAAUUAUCUCAUAUUGAAACUACAGUUGAUGCGAUUGAAUCAUUAUCAAAAUCAAAGGAUACUGAACACAUUAAAAUUAUUUUAUCUUAUAGAAAACGUCUUACUAAACUUAAUCAAGAUUUUGAAAAUCUACGUCAUUCAUUAACCGAAGAAAACGAUAAUAACUUUAAUCGAAUGAAAAUUGAAAUUGAACAAUUAAUAAACGAUUUAAAGUUAUAUAAAAUGAACAAUGAUGAUUCAGGUUCAAAAAAUCCUAUUGAUUAUGUAGUGAAUUUUUCUUUGGAUGCUCCGAAUUCUGAAAACGAUGAAGAAAUAAUUUCAAUGCAAUUUUAA